UGUCUCUAAAAUAGUAACAAAAUUAAUAAUAAAAUAAAAAUUAUAUAAUAUUAAAAUAAUAACAACAAAAUAGUAAUAAUAUAAUUGUGAAAUAGUAACAAAAUAGUGAAAAAACAAGAAAAUAGCAACAAAAUAAUAAAAAAACAGCAAAAAAAGAGAGAAAACAAUUGCAAUUUUUUUAUCUUGCAUAUUUGGGCCGGGCUCGGGCCAAAAAAGCCUUACCGAGGCCCGAAUCAUUUUCUAAACGAGUAUUAUUUUUUUGUUCAAACCUAUUUUUUGAGCCUAUAUUUUUACCCAAACCCUCCCACUUUUCGGGCAGCCCGACCCAUGGACAGGUUUAGUAGAAAGUAGUUACUUUUAUUAUUUUAAACUUUCAAUUUGAAAAUAUAAAAAUAAUUAUUUAUUAAAAGUUUUAGGAUAAAUUACACUGAAAGUCAUUCUAAAAUACAGAUUAUCUUAUUUUGGUCACUCUAAUUUUUUUAAAUUUAAUCACUCCAGAUAAAAUAGUUGUUCAAAUUAGUCAUUCUCGUUAAAAUAUUUCGUUUCUUUCUAAUGGAUUACUGAUGUAGCACAUUAGCCGAUUGAAUGAUGACGGGUUUUUUACAAAAUUAUUAUAAAAAAAUAAAAAAUAACCAAAAUAUUAUAACUUUUUUUAUUUACUAAAAUAUUAUAAUUUUUUUUAUUUACCAAAAUAUACCAAAAAAAAACCUACAAAAAGCCUGCACCAAAUUGACAGCACCUUGGUCAGGCCAAAGCCAAAGCCAUUGGCAGCACUACUCGUGUUAUAAACACGAGCUCUGUCCAGCUGAAGGGAGAAAAAUCAAAAGAAAAAGAAGAAGAAGAAGAGGUGCUGUGGAAAAGAAGAGAAAAAGAGAGAAAAAGAAGAUUAAAUAUUGAAGAUGAAUGCUAAGUUUCUUGUAUGCGUUUAUUUCGAUGGAGUCAUCUUGACAACAAGUGUUGGAUGUGUAUUUGAAUGUCGGCAACAAAUAGCAAUGAGAUUUAAUAGAAAUGUAUCGUUCGAUGAAAUGAAGGUAAGGAUUAAUGCAAAAAUUCUUAGACGUUGUGGGAGAAGGAUAUCAAAAAUUUUCUACAAGUUUCCAGUUUCAACAAAUCCAACCAAAUUCGUCGAAAUGGAACUUGUAGACGACAAAGACAUGGAGACAAUGGUCGAUCUCUACUGUGGGAAUGGGAAUGCACCGAUUCACUUAUUUGCUGAGUUAGUUGGUAUGGAGCAAAAUGAAGAUGUUAAUGCAUCUGAUGAAGAAGACGGGGCUGAAGAACCGUGGAUGGUGGCUCCAAUAUCAUACAUUGAUACUGAAUCAACUAUGGGUGGGAUCGGUAUCGACCUGAAUAUUACACCUGAUGUUGAUAUGGUUGGUGGUGAAGAAGAAGGUGGUGGCGAUCAUUGGGAUGAAGAGGUCGAUAAUGACGGUGAUCCCGAUGUGGACGAUGUACUUGAUGAUAUUGACGAUGAAGAUGUCAACAACGAUGACGGCAUUAACUCUUCUUCGGUCGGGGAGCAGACGCGGCGUAUUUUGAUACACAAUAAUCCUGGGCCACACAUGUCGCUCAUAGACCCCGACGCAGCGUAUGUAGCUGAGUUUCCGGAGUACCCUGAAAUAGUUCAUUCUCACGGGUUGGCCGUAACAUCUGAUGAUGAAGAGUUAUUCAUAGGCCAGAGAUUCAGGUGUAAAGCAGAGUGCAUAUAUGCCAUUAAACGGUACAACAUGAAGAUAUCGGUGGAUUAUAAAGUCUCUGUCUCUACUCCGACAAUAUAUGUUGAGGAGUGUUGGAAGGCAGCGGAAGGCUACAAUUGGCGGGUACGAGCUGCAUUCAUUAGAAGUUCUCAGAUGUGGGAGAUACGAAAAUUUGUUGGUCCUCAUACAUGCACAUCAACACGUAUGACAGAAGAUCAUGGAAAACUUGAUUCGAAAACUAUUUGUACGUGUAUCAUGCCAAUGGUGAAGGACAUGUCGACCAUUAAAGUUUGA